AGAGAAGGGGCAGGAGAGAAGGUUCUCAGUGAAAUAAAGGAGAGUACGUUAAAAAAAUAGAGGGAAAAAAGAAAUGAGAAAUUGAGGAAAAUAAGUGGAGAAUUUUUUUUUUUAACCGGAAAAGGAGUAACGAGGGGUGCGCGUUUGAAAAGGUGGAGACACUGCGGGUACGUGUGGUUAUGGUGGUUAUUAAUGUGUUGGGGCAACUCCACAGGGCCCAGGCCACACGGUCACAGCUAAUAUUCGCCCCACACACCGAACAUCGAGUGAGAAUGAGCCCAGUUAAAUAGUAAACCCGCCUUGAACCCCGUGAAUAAAUAAAAAAAGAUAUAUAUAUUCUGCGGUGAUAAGUAGUAUUAUUUUUAUUUUUCGUUCUGUUUGGUUGGUGUAAGAAAAACGGGGAAAACCCACGGGCGAAGAGGCACUCAACAGUGGAGGAAUAAAACGUGAGGAGUUGGCAUUGCUAUUGAGAAUACGAGGACUCGAGGAAAAAUGGAUUAAUAAGGCGGUGGUGUACGGCUUAAACACGUUGGACAAUAUGAAUGGUGAAUUUGGGUACGUGUACAUGAAUGGAGACAUUGGGAAGCUCCCACCAGGGGCGGUUUACCCAGCCACCCCUGAACCUCUGGGUUCAGUCGGUGGUGCUGUUGUUACAAGCCCAUCAACACUAGAUUACAGUGUCAUGAACGGUGGACCAACAACUGGCGAACUGAUGCUCGAUCCAGGUAUGGGUGGUAUAGAGCCCACUGCUCAGCAUACCAUUGGAUUGGGUGGUGCUGUUGGUGUUGGUUAUGCACCAGUCGAUGUUACAACAAUUGGUGAUGUACAAUUACCCCAAAAUUCAAUGGCAGAUAUGCCGGUAACUGGUAUACCAUUGGAUCAGCUUAAACAGAUGCUCUCUUCACAGCUCGAAUAUUACUUCUCCAGAGAAAACUUAGCCAAUGAUACAUAUUUAUUAUCUCAAAUGGAUAAUGAUCAAUAUGUUCCGAUAUGGACAGUAGCAAACUUUAAUCAAGUUAAAAAAUUGACCAAGGACAUUACGUUGAUAACCGAGGUGCUACGUGAAUCACCGAAUGUCCAAGUCGAUGAGGAAGGACAGAAAGUCAGGCCGAAUCACAAACGAUGUAUAGUCAUACUUCGGGAAAUACCAGACAACACACCUCUGGAAGAAGUCAAAAAUUUAUUCUCAGGCGAAGGAUGCCCGAGGCUCAUCUCAUGUGAAUUUGCCCACAAUAGCUCUUGGUACGUGACUUUCGAGUCUGAUGAAGAUGCCCAGAAGGCCUACAGGUUUCUCCGAGAGGAAGUUAAAGAAUUUCAGGGAAAGCCAAUCAUGGCGAGGAUCAAAGCGAAACCAAUGACAAACAGGCUACCAAUACCAGCACCAGUGCCUGGUGUUAGUGGUAUUAAAAAUGGCUAUCGUACACCCCCGCCUCCACCGGUGUACGAUCCAAGCAGUUAUCCACCUGGUCAGCCAAUCUUCCGGUUCACAAAUGGCACGACCAUGCCACAAACAACAAUGCCGCCAUAUGCCAACCAGGUCCACCUCUACCACCAGCCCUUCUAUCCAGCUUCGAUGAUGCACUGGGGCCCGGCUGCAGGUCCAACCUACUUCGACAUGACGACAAGUGUAUUCGCGAUGAAUGGACUCAACCCCCACAACUCGUUCAAACCUCACACGAGAUACAAUCCAAGAAAUAGCAGAAAUAAACACAGAAAUGGCUCAGAGCGUGGUGGUAGUAUGGAGAGUGGUGGUAAUAGUAACAUGGUACAAAUGGGUCGCACAAGUCAUCCACCUAAGAGCAAUUCUGGUGGACACAGUGUAACAAAUCCAUUGCCACCACCUCCAAUUCAACAAAUACCAAUAUCAAGAGCAUCUUCCUAUCAGCAGUCUGGCACAAAAUUUCAUUCCUCCCAUUUAAGUGGUACCAUUCAAAAUGUAACAAAUACAUCAUCACAGAUCAACGACACCCAGUACCAUGCAGCACUUCAUGGUACAAAAGUGACAGCAUCAACGACAACACCGUCAUCAUCAUCACAGGAUGAUAAUACGAGUAUUGAUAACGCAAUACAGUAUACACGUCAUCGUAUUCCACGCAGGACCAAAGAACCGGAGACUGUUGGACUUACAAAGUCAAAUAAUAAUAAUAAUAAUAACAACAGCAGUCAAACAAAUCAAUUGCGUGAUAAUCAAGUGUCAACGCAGACUGCUGCUAGUACAGCUGGUGUACAGUACAGCAGAAGUAUUGUGCAGUUUGAUCUUGAGGCAUCAGCAUUUCCACCAUUACCAGGUCUCGAUGCUGAUAAUAAAAUAAACCAUUCAACCAGUGAUACGAAUGUUACGAGUGACAGUUUACAAUCGCAAAAUAGAUUGUCAGAUGUUGUUAAGGGUACAGCGAAGCUCAAAACUACCAAGGAUAAGGAUCCAUUGUCUAAUCAACAUAAUCCGCAGGGAGUUACGAUUAACAGUAGAUCAACGAGUCCUGGUACAAGUGGUAAUACAACGUUCGAUUGUACAACUGGAAAUACAACGGCUAUCACGAGUACAACUAUAGCUGGUGGUGCUACGAGCACAAAUCCCUCUGAAUCAUCAGACAUCGCUCUCAGUACCAUCACCCUCACUCCCCCGUCAUCUCCCGAUAAAUCUAUAAAGACUGAUGACACGAACAUGGUGAAUGGUGUGGAUGCCAUAAGUACAAAUGCACAUGCGGCAGAAGAGUCUGAGACGGUAACGAGGUGCGAUUGUGACAUCCCUACUGCCCCACAGAAUUCUCAGUCACAAACUGGAGUGGCCUCGGCCUUUCCCUUAGACCUCAACAGGCCAAGUUAUGCCCAAGUAGCUCAGCAUUGUCGUGAGCUACGUUGUACAAAACACAAAACAGAGGAUAAGGAUGGAAACGAAUAAACAGCCAAUAUGUAAGUAAUGUUACUGCAAAUCAAUUAAUUAAGCAGUCACUUCCCCCUACUCCUUCGAGUUUGGAUUGAACGGAUUGAUUAUCAAUGCUCGUAUCCUAAUUUAAAUAAAAGUGAUUAAAUAGACACAGUGGGAGCGAAGAUGAAGGAAAAAGAUAUUGAGAUACUUUUUACAAUGUACAGUGACUUCGCCUACAAUGAAUUGUGGUAUCAAUUAACGAUCCCAAUGGAUUGCAAAAACGAGAGAACAAAUAAUGCAGAAAGAAAAAAAUAUGUAAUUUGUCCGAGAGAUGAGUGAUUCAGCUAUUGGAUUGCAGGAUUGAGAUGAAAAAUGAUAGAGACAGAUGGAAAAAUGGGUUGAACAUAAAAAUGAAGGAGAGAGUAUUGUUAUUGCUUUGGUUCUGUGAUUUUGGAGGUACACAUUUGUUAGUUUGUAAAAAGAGAAGAGUGUUAAACCUAAGGUGUUAAUCGUUUAAUUCCUUCGUCCUCCCUUUACCCUUUACAUAGCGCAGGGCCGUAAAUGGGGAAAUAAAACAAUGAAUAAAAAUGAUUUAAAAUUAUUAAUGAUUAAAAUCAUUAGCUUGUGCCAAAUUCUGAGUAUAUAAAGAGUGCACACAGUUUAAAAAGAUGUACUAAAGCAACGAAAUAUGUAAUUUACAAUGAUACUGAUCGAUAACGAUUUAUUCUGUUUCUUAUUUUCAUUUUCGUUGGUUAAAAAUUUUGUUCGACUCUUUAGUUUUUACUCACGUGCUAUAUGAUUGUCAGCCCCAGUAAUAACUCAAUGGUUAUUAAAACUUUUUAUUAUCUGUAGUAUCAGUUCACCAAUCAGUAUCUUUCUGAUUAUUUUCACGAUUUUCCAGAAUAUUGAUUCUCAUAUUUUAUCGGUUAGGCGAUUCAGGGGAUAUUGCGGAUGAAAAUUUCCUUGGAUUUUAUGAUUUAUCUGGUGAAACAUUUUCAUUUUAAUUGUUGUAAGUAGUAAUUCGUGAAGGGUUCCGACGGAUUGACAGCGAUGGCUUCCAUAAUAUGAAAAUUGAUAGUUAAACAAUAGACGAAUCACUAGAUUUGGGGGAUAACGCGGGAAUACGUCCAGUAGAAGUCGGUAUUCUGGAGAAUAUUAACAAAAAGAAAGAUAAUAAUGAUAAAUAAUUUGUGUCCAUGCUCCCUAGCCUCCCGCUUGUGACGUGGUUUGCAUUACCUAAUUACGGCACUGGCCCUUUUUAUUUUACUUUUUUUUUCUCAUUUUUUUUUAAUACUAUUGUUACGAGAGAUAACAUACGAUUUAGAAUUAUACUUUGGCAACAAGAAAAAAAUAUAAAAAAAGUAAAUGAUGAAGUAACGGUUAAGUGAAUAAAUAAAUAAUAAUUAAAGAGUAAUGAAAAAAUACACAAAAAGCAUAAAAAAAAAGUUUAAAAACUAAAAAUGGUAAAUAAUGAUGAUUUAAGUCGAGGUGAAAAUGGAUGAAUGGUGAAUAAAAAAAAUAAAUAAAGAAUAAAUAAAAAAUGAUAAUUUGAGCACACAAUUAAGUGCCUCAAGUGUUAUGUAUAUUACAGGAGCUUGGCUUUAGAUGUUAUACGAUUAUAUGUAAAACUUAUACAUUAUAGUAAACAGAUAAAAGAAUAAAGAUGCGCAUAUGAUAUAUUUGUUACUGAUGUGCGUGCAGAAGUAAUAAGCGAAAUAAUGAUUUCAUGAGGACUAAUCCGUUGCAAAAAGGGUGAAAAAUGAAGACAAUUUUUUUUUUUCGAAACUACGAAGGGAUUUACUGAUAUAUAAAUAUGAUAUAUAAACAAUUUUUUUUAAGUUAGCAAUGCUGCCUUUUAAUUUUUACACUUCGAGAGCGAUUUCUCUUUGGAUUAAACAUGAGACCUUAAAAUUAAUGGAAAAAAGGAAUAAACAUAAAAGGUUCGAUCACUUUUCAUUUGUGUUCAAUGGCUUGUGCUUUGUGAGUACUCGGAAAAGACUCACAAUGUUCUUGAAAAUAAUUUAGUGAAAUUUAAUUUCCCCAUUUGAUUUUUCAAGAGCACUGAUUGAUACCCAUUUCGACAUUGUCAAAUCGCUCACGUAUAUCAAACGAAAGAGAAUUAAAAUUUUUUUUAAUUGUCAAGAUUGUUACGACGAGAUGAAUGGGAAUUGUAGCGAGAAUAAAAAAAGAUGGGAAUGAUGGGAAAAAAAGAGAAGCAAAUUUAUAAUACUUUUUUUAUUGGUAAAAUUACCUGAGCUGGACAAAUGUGCGUGACAAAAGAAAAUAAUAAACAAUAAUUGAACGAACUUUGGUUUGUAAGUGUGCGAAUUAAUGACUAAUUUUUGUCUCUGUGUGACAACUAUUAUAAAAUAAAAAUAACAUAAUGUCGUUGAGUUGACCGAGACAACCCUCCUCAGAAUAAGACUCUGUCUUCUAUAUAUUUUUUCGUAAAAUAAUAAAGAAUAAAAAUGGGGAAAAAACAUUGAGUGGUAUGCGAAGAGAGAAAGAAAAAUGCAUAAAGUAUAAAUAAAUUUAUAAUACGUGCCUAUUUCUGGGGUAACGGUUACCUUGCAAA